AUGUCAUCUUUAUCAAGAGAUUUUUUACUUCGACAAACAAAAAUUGCACCUACGAGCAAUGAAUGGGCUCAAUUAGAGUAUUCUUUGCAACUCUCUAUAGGUUCUACAGCUCCUGUCGUCAAACAAAUUUGGUCAGUUGCAAGCGCUCAUCAAGCUAUUAACUUUGAUAAGCGGACACAAGGUGUGUUAGUUUUAGACUCUUGAAUUGACACUUCAAGCUUAGAUGAAAACAAUAGACUAGAAGACGUCUGUAGUAAAGGAUUUAAAUGCCCUCCAGGUGGGGUUUAUUUUCGUAUAGGGAAUGUGCAGCUUGCGAAUGGACCUUUAGCGUAUAAUAAGACUUAUGAAUUUCUGCUGGUAAAAGUAGGUAUUGGGAAAAGCUAUUCAAUCAAUGCUGCGACUGUAGAAAGUGACUCUCUUCAAGUCCCUCGUGGAUAUGACUCAAUUUACCUUUAUAACCCUUCAAGUGAGGAGAGCUCGUAUAAUCACAAUUAUGGGAUUUUUGACCCCUCUCAGCUUUUGGCCUUAUUUGUAGUGCAUUUCGAAUUAGACCCUAAUUUGGAAGAAGGACUAAAUGCUCCGAUUUGUGAUAUUUGCCAAGAAGCUCAAGCUGUUGUUUACUGUGAAGCUGACGAAGCUUCUUUAUGUUUAGACUGUGAUGACGACCAUCAUAACCGUGGAAACAGAUUAAUGCAGAAACACAAAAGGAUAAAUAUUUCAGAAAAGCCAAAAAGGUUUGGAAACUGCCCUUAUCAUCCUGAUACCAAAGUUGAGUUCUUUUGUACAGUAUGCCAUGUGCCAGUUUGUGUUAAUUGCAAAAUGGUUGGGAAUCAUUCGACUCCAGAGACUUCUACACAUACAUUUGCCAAAAUUGGCGACGCAUAUUUAAGAGCUUUAAAUGAGUCUACACAGCCAGACCCUGUGCUAGAACAAAGGAAGCUUAUAUUAAAUCAGCUUUUAGAAAGCAUUGACAAAAGAAUGGGAGAGGUUAAAAGCAAUGCUGAACAAAUUGAGGCUAAAAUUUAUAAAAUUUUACAGGAUGCUUUAUUACAGCUGCAAGAGCACACUCAAGGGAAAGUUUCUGCCUUGCUUUGUGCUGAGCUUGAAAUUAAGCGGCAGCUAGAACAAAUAGCCUGAAUUGAGUGUUUUUUGAAGUACCAACAAGAAGUGCUCUCUCCUGCUCAAUUUAUGCUUAGUUGGGGGAGACAUUUGAAUUUAAGGAAUGAUAUUUUUACAAGUAAUGAAGUUAGUGAGCUAAAUGUAAUUUUACCUGAUAUAAAAAUUGAAGGAAAUAUCAAUGUUACUACAGAAGCAGCAAUUAGGAAAUAUGGACAGCAGUCAGAUGUCCAGUCUGUUGCGUCUUCAACACCGAAAACUAGUACAAGUAAAUUCAGGAGCCAAAUCUUUAAUAGAUAUCAAGGCAAUAAUGCAUAUGAAAAAACGCCAAGCUCAGUGUUAAAACAAAUUAUCCCUUCAAAGCCAACAGAAGCUUUAGCAAUGAAAUUUUCAUCAGUGUUAAAUAUGGACAGUGGGAGAAGGAGCCCGAGAAGUGAUUAUAGCCAAUAG